UUCCCCGGCCAUGCGCGCUGUGCUGCCGGUGUGUCGGGGUAGCGGGCGGCCUGGCCGGGAGCCAUGUUAUACUCUGUGAUGGCGGCAGAGCCCCUGCUGCCCGGUAGCCGCCUCUCACAGUUACAUCCCGUGCUCAAGGCGUUUGUGUGCGGCUCCCUGAGCGGAACUUGCUCCACCCUGCUCUUCCAACCGCUGGACCUGCUCAAAACCCGCCUGCAGGCCCUGCCGCCCGCCACAGCCGGGAGGCGACCGGGGAUGUUCAAGCUGUUUCUCAACAUCAUCCACAAUGAGAACAUAUUUGGUCUGUGGAGAGGACUCCUGCCAUCCUUCUUACGUUGCAUUCCUGGAGUUGGUCUCUACUUUAGCACCCUAUAUGCGGCAAAGCAGCAUUUCUUCCCCAAACAAGGUCCGUCGCCUAUAGAGUCCGUUCUGUUGGGCGCAGGAUCCAGGACAGUAGCUGGAGUCUGCAUGAUACCUUUCACCGUUGUAAAGACUCGUUACGAGAGUGGCAAGUUCGGCUACAGGAGUGUGUGUGGUGCCUUGAACAAUAUCUACAAAACAGAGGGUCCCCGUGGGCUGUUUACUGGCCUGACUGCGACACUCCUACGAGAUGCCCCAUUCUCUGGCAUUUAUCUCAUGUUUUACACUCAAGCGAAAAAGAUUGUUCAACAUGAAGAAAUCGACCCAGCAUUCUCAGCUCUGCAAAAUUUUGGAUGUGGGAUUAUGGCAGGAAUUAUGGCUUCUGUGGCCACCCAACCUGCUGACGUCAUAAAGACUCAUAUGCAGCUCUCGCACGAGAAGAACCGAUGGACUGGGCAAGUGGCCACCCACAUCUUUAGGAAUCACGGAGUAACUGGAUUUUUCCGUGGUGGCCUUCCCCGUGCCUUACGAAGAACUUUCAUGGCUGCCAUGGCGUGGACUGUGUAUGAACAGAUGAUGGAGAAAAUGGGAUUGAAGUCCUAAUCGGGACUGGAAGUUGACGCAGUGGCUCUGCUUUCAGUUACAGGAAAAUCCUUCAUGCUACAUUGUUUUAGUGAACGAUCACGUGCCCCUAUCUGCCAAGACGUGUGCUGCUGACAAAGGAUCAGCAGUCGUGAAGACGUUACCGUUCAGACUUACUUUGCUGACUUGAAGAGAGCAGUGUUUGACUCAAUCCAACAGUGGAUUUAUACGGACUCUUGAAAUAAAACUGUCUGACCUCCGUUUUUCAUUGCU